AUGAACCCGAUGAAUGUCGCUGGGAUGAACCCCGGGGCUGGGGGUCCCGUGGGGGGUGUCCCCAUGAUCAACAACGGCUCCACGGCUCCUCGUAAUGAUGGCAACAUGAAUAAUCCUGAGAUUAUGAUCAACAACCUCAACACCUACAUCUAUGAUUACUUCUUGAAACGUGGAUAUCAUGACUGUGCACGUGCCCUUGUGCAGGAUGAAUCCAUCAAGCUCAACACCGACUCCAACACUAGUCCUGGUAACCGGCGGGACAGCGAGAUGAAUGGGAUCGACGGUGAUCCCAUGAUGACUGAUGGGAAGGACGGCGAGAAGAUUAAGAUCCCAGAUGGCCUCCCUCGCCCCAGUCUCCCCAGUGAAAGCCAGCAGUCAUCAUUUCUCCUGGACUGGUUCAGCCUCUUCUGGGACUUUUUCUGGGCCCAACGCAAGAAGGGCAACAGCAAUGACGUGAGGCAGUAUCUCCAACAUACCCAGAAUCUCAUGCGUAUGCGUGAACAGCAGCACAAUCAACUUUUGCGACAGCAGCCCUUGAUGCCUGGUCAAAUGGGCCCGCUAAACAUGCGAGGACGGAACGGCAUGGUCCCCCCUAAUUUGCAAAAGACAGUGCUACAAAACAACACUUCCGGCCUAUCGCAACAUCAGAUAGCGCAGUUCCAAAAGACCCAGCAGAUGCAAUUAAUGCAGCAGAUGCAGCGGGACCAGCCUGAAGUGGACAUGAACGGGCAUCGACCGCAGUCACCUGCAUCCGCAGACAAUGCCCCAUCGCCGUCGAAACGCCCACGCAUUGAAGGUGGUCCGGCCAACGGACAGCAAUUAGCACCCAAUGGACGUGGCCAGGGACAAGGAAUGCCUGGACAGCCGACUCCACAGCAGUUGCUGAUGCAGAAUGGAAUGGCCCAGAGAGGAAUGACCCCAGCGCAGUUCCAGCAGUUCCAGCAGGGACAAGCGGCGCAACAGAAAUCCAUGCAGGUAUAUGCUCAAAACUUGGCCCUUCAUCACUCGCGCUCAGCAUUGAAUUCCCAGGGUAUGCCGAAUGGUGGUAUGAUGAAUCCCGGUGUGAUGUCGAAUCAGGCGGAUCUGGUGCCGAUGCCGGACGGCCAAGGAAUGUACCCCAUGGGUCCUGAGUACUACGGCUCGAACGGGCAGAUGCCACAGGUCCGACCCGGGAUGGCCACACCUGGCGGUCAGCACGGCAACCAUGCUCUCCAGGAUUAUCAGAUGCAGCUUAUGUUGCUGGAGCAGCAGAAUAAGCGACGUUUGAUGAUGGCUCGUCAAGAGCAGGAUAGCAUGGCCCGUACUGAUGGCCAGCCCCCGAUGCCCGGGCAGCAAGGUUUGCCACCAGGCACUUCUCCCCAAGGUAGUAGGGCGGGUGCAUCUCCGAACCCCAGCGAACAAAUGAAACGAGGCACGCCCAAGAUGCCUCAGAGCGGUCUCCCCGGAUCGCCAAGUGCCGCCGACGCCAUGUCCCAGAACCGAGGAUCGCCAGGAUCGAUGAACCUCAACGGUGGUCAAAUGCCACCGGAUAUGGCAGCUCCGUUCUUCCCUGGUCCGAACAUGCGCCCUCCGAGCUCCAACCCCGCUUUCACUGGGCCCCAGAUGGGUCAACCGUUGCCCGCCAACGCGGCCAACCGCAUGCCUAGUGGGCAGUGGCAGCCCGGACAACAGCCGAUCCCGCCCCAGCACUCGCCGGCGAACCAGCCUCAGGCCGGUACUCCCCAGGAACGGGGCGCGAUGCCCCCGCCGCAGGCACCGCCUGCGGCUGGUGCCAAUGCUGGACGCACCCCGGCGUCGCCUCAGACCACUGGGAAUGCGCCUCCCACGCCCCAGCAGGCUAACAAGCCUGCUCCAAAGGGCAAGAAGGACGGCAAGGACACCCGCAAGCGGCCCACCAAGAAGAAUUCGGCUGCAGCCAAUGCGGCCUCAGCUGCCACCCCGUCCACCGAGACGGCGGAUGCCAACCAGACCCCGUCGACGCCCGUCACACCCCAACAUCCUAACUCCUUCAACAAGGCCGGGGCCAAUGCGACUACAACUGCGCCGCAGCCCACUUCGGCACCCGCUCCUCAACAAUUGGUCCAACCUCCACCGGACCAGACCCAGCAACCUUUCAAUGACCUCAGCAUCCCUGAUCCCUCCGCCUUCGACCUCGACUUCAGGGCCUUGGAUGACCCUAAUCUGCUCGAGAACUUUGACUUUGACACGUUCCUUAACACAGAUGCGGACACAACUACAUUCGGGUUUGAUCCCAACAUAUCCUACCCCGAUGGUGUUGAAACGGGGGCCGGCGACCCUAUGUGA